GCAGCCGAGUCACGUGACCGGUAGGUGGGUGUGUUCUUGUUCCUUUCCCUGCAUUCAGUGCGACGUUUCAGUAGCAUAAUUAAGAUGGCGACUGUACACCUUCGGAUCGGGGAUCUGGUUUGGGGGAAACUGGGACGGUAUCCGCCGUGGCCAGGAAAGGUUGUCAGUCCUCCAAAGGACUUGAAGAAGCCAAGAGGCAAAAAAUGCUUCUUUGUAAAAUUCUUCGGCACUGAAGAUCAUGCAUGGAUAAAGGUCGAACAGCUGAAGCCAUACCACCCCCACAAGGAAGAGAUGAUCAAGAUAAACAAAGGCAAGCGCUUCCAGCAGGCCGUCGAUGCCGUGGAGGAGUACCUGAAGAAGGCCAAGGGAAAAGAACAAGCACACGGCUCAGACGACAAAAGCAAAUCCGAGAAGGGGCGUAAGGCCAAUGCGAAGCCGAUGAAGAUCAUAGAGGAAGAUGAUGAGGAUGCAUUUAAAGGUGGCUCCUCUGACAAGGAGCAAACUGACUCUGACCCAGAACCGUCCUCUGUGCAGCGGCUGGUGGCUGGAACAGUUGCAGGAUUCAAAUGGGAGAGCAGUCCAGUAAAGGAUGACCCACAUUUCCAUCACUUUCUGCUCAGCCAGUCUGAGAAGCCGGCAUCUUCCAUGGAGCCAAUCAGCAAACGGUUGAAGAUUAUUGAAGAGGACUCCGGCUCAACGUCCAUUCAGGCUGCAGACAGCACGGCGCUCAACGGCAGCAUCACGCCCACGGAUAAAAGGUACACGCCGAGGAUAGGUUUCCUCGGACUCGGACUGAUGGGCAGCGGAAUUGUCUCUAACCUGCUGAAGAUGGGCCACGUGGUGACCGUGUGGAAUCGUACGGCGGAAAAAUGUGACUUGUUCAUCCAGGAAGGAGCCAGGUUAGGACGGACCCCAGCCGAGGUCGUGUCCAUGUGUGACAUCACCUUCUCCUGCGUGUCAGACCCCAAAGCUGCCAGAGAUCUGGUUUUGGGUCCCAGUGGAGUUUUACAGGGAAUCAGACCCGGAAAGUGUUAUGUGGAGAUGUCCACUGUGGAUCCUGAGACCAUUACAGAGCUGUCACAGGUGAUCACGUCCAGAGGAGGUCGUUUCCUGGAAGCUCCGGUUUCAGGCAGUCAGCAACUUUCUAAUGACGGCAUGUUGGUGAUCGUGGCAGCAGGAGAUCGAACUGUUUAUGAGGACUGCAGCAGCUGCUUCCAGGCUAUGGGCAAAACCUCCUUCUUCUUAGGUGAAGCAGGCAACGCAGCGAGGAUGAUGCUGAUCCUCAACAUGGUCCAGGGCAGUUUUAUGGCCACCAUUGCAGAGGGGUUGACCCUCGCUCAGGCCACUGGCCAAUCACAGCAGACCUUCUUGGACAUCCUGUGUCAGGGACAAAUGGCCAGUACGUUCGUGGACCAGAAAUGCCAAAAUAUUUUGCAGGGCAACUUCAAACCAGAUUAUUACCUAAAACACAUUCAGAAAGAUUUAAGAUUAGCGAUUUCCAUGGGAGACUCUGUUAAUCACCCUACACCCAUGGCAGCUGCUGCAAACGAGGUGUAUAAGCGAGCGAAGGCUCUGGACCAGUCUGACAAUGACAUGUCUGCAGUCUACAGAGCUUAUAUUCACUAAUCCCUGAAGAUGUGCUCGAAAUUCUGGACCACAAUCUCCCUCUUUCUCCUUUCACUUUGUGUGUGUGUUUCUCUUCACAGCCUUCUCUCAUCCUCUGAGUGCUGCACUGACCGAGUUGUGCUUCCCCUCUGCAGGGGGGAUUUUAUAAUGCAGGACGGUGCUCGGAGGCGCGUGUGUGUGUGUUUUAUCCGAUUUAGUCCACUGUUCAGGGCGCACCGAUCACCUUCAACAUCAAUCCAGACAUCACGGUCAGAGCACCAAUCAGCCCUGACUCUGACUCGUCCUUCAGUUAAGAAUCGUUUUUAAAAUGCUGUGGGUUUCAGUUUAAAACCAGCCAUUUGUUCUCUCUGCAUCGUAAACGUCAGAGAAGAGCCGGACCUGGUAACAAACUCACACCAUCAUUGGAAUAAAACACAUCCUCAGAACUUUUAAGACCGAAAUAGCGUCGUAAAAAUUCUCAUAGAAUUCUAAUAGAAAUAUCCGUUCGCACGGACGCAGUAAACGCAGCGGCGAAUCUUUACCUUUUAAAGGAGUUUGACUGUUUUACACACAGUCCAGUCUGCAUCCUGCACAGCUUCAGCAUCGGCGUCCAGCUCGUUUAAAGGUAAAGUAACGCCGCCGUAUUCACGCGUGACGCCGCGAGCAACCGUUUUGGUUCAUCGUCGCUCUCUGAAGGACGAAGGCGUGCGACGAGCGGACUCGAGUCUGACACUACAAAAGUUCGAGGUUGAUGGACGGUGUGUGUCGCGAGAUCGGAUCGGUGCGUCAUCGUUUUAUUUCCCCCGUGAUGUCGCUUUUUUUUUUCCCUCCGUUGCCACAAUAUCCUGCUUUAUUUCCCUCCGUCUGUCCCUUUAAUCGUCCUCGUCCAGAAUCGCACAGGCUACAGGAGCAUGAAGACGACGCCACUGCAUUGCCUUAAUAUCCUAAACCCCACAUAGAUGUAUUUAUUUAUUUCUAAUCUGAGAAUCUCCAGACUUAAAAGUUUUGGCCUGAGGUUGAGCUCGAGCUCCAAUCACAAAGAGAAAGAAAUGAUUUUUUUUAUUAUUAUUAUUAUUUUAAUGUUGAGGCUUGUAUUAAUCUCGCGUCUCAUCCGAGUUUUUACUUUAACAGUUUUGGAAAAGUUUUUUUGUUUGUUUGUUUUUUGCAGGUGUUUAAGCUAAACCGAUAGAAUGAUAGAGAGAUGAAGAAAUCGUUGUUUAGUUCGUUUUUGUUUUUAGUGAAGCUUUUUGGGUCGGAUCUCCGCCGAGGAGGUUUUAUUUCGGCUUUUUUUUUUUGUUUUUUAAGGUGAGGUCACUAAUGGAUUUCUUUCUCGUCUGAGACACACUGGUCACGUCUGAUUUGAAUUUGACGAUCUGCUUAAGAGGUUUCAUCAGCGCGGAGAUGAAGCUCGGAAACGUUCCGUAAUCUUUUAUCCAUAAAUUAUAAAUUCUGUUGUGAGAUUUUUCUUUUUCUUGUCAGUGGUUUUAAAGCCUGAGUAGAGAGAGAGAGACUGACCUUGAUGAGGAACAGUAUUGUUUUAAAACAUCCACAAAAGGGAUGGACUUUAUUGUUAAAUGGUGUAAUGAGACGUUCACUCGCUGUUCAGGUUCCCGCUUUGACUUUUCACGCCGCCGAAGUGUUUUUUAUCCGCGUCUUUGUAACAGCCGUUUUGUUUUUGUUUGUGUUUGUAAUAGAUUAAUUUCCAGUAAACACUUUGUUGAUUCGUGACGACGGUCUUUCUAACGGCGGUGUUUAAAAAAUAAAUAAAAUAAUCGAAAGCUGAUUUAACUUUUUUUUGUUGUUCCUGCAAUGAAGAUGACGGCAAAUCUGAGAAAUAUUUAUAAUUUCUUGUAAAUGUGAAAGUCAUGUUUUAUUGUGCAGUUCCACUGAAUCUUUCUCCCAAUAAACAAACCAUCCAACAGUU